CAUCUCUCCUCCUUGGUAAAGAUGUGUUCUCUCCUGUGUGAACGGGGACCUCAUGAAGAUGAUUCGUGGGUCGCUCCGCCUUAUUUGUUUCAUAACGUCAAAUAUCAAGGAAAUAGCCUUACACCGACAACCUUUUUGCAACCACUACCUCUCUCAGAGAAGGGCUGCUGCGACUUGCGAUAUGGGAGUCAAAGUUCAUAUCACCUACUGCGGUGGAUGAGGGUACGGGCCCAAGUUCACCAGACUCAAGACACAGCUUGAGGAUGAAUUCCCAGGUGAUCUUGAGAUUACUGGUGAAAGCACACCUUCAACCUCUGGGUGGUUUGAGGUGGAGGUGAAUGGCAAGUUGGUCCACUCAAAGAAGGAAGGGUCAGGCUUUGUGGACAACGAGCAGAAAAUGGCAACAUUGGUUGAUGCCAUUGAUAAGGUGUUGGGGAAAUAAGAUAGUGCUGAUUAUGGAGGUAUGAACCACAGGAGUCUGAUCUCUGUUUGUCAUCUCCUUGACAUUGCAUAAUAAUGAUGGUGGUGCUCCAAUUGUCAAAGACAUGGGUGCUGCUUGAUGCAACCUGCUCUGCCAGGGAGGUGCCCUGCAGAUUGCUUCAACUCCUACAGUGGCACUGCUUUUGUAAGAUGGUGGGUGAUAAAGGGAGAAUAUACUGUAUUUGUAAUUGAAACAUAACAUCUCAAUUGAGCUUCUUACAUUUUCAUUAUUUGUACCUGUUAGGCAUGGCCAAGCAUUAAAACAUUUAACAUUG